CACUGCAUGUUCAUCACGUCGGUUGACGAUGGUCGCUGCCGAGAGGAAAGUAUUCUAUUUGUAUUCUUUUUGCAACGACUACACAGUGGUGGAAUAUAUUCUUCACGCACUUCAUUUAAAGUGAUCUGCUGGAGCUAAACGCGCACUUUGUUGGCGCACGAACAUCAGAGACUUGGUUUAUUGGUCUAGAGCUGCACAGUGUCAAUCUCUGACGCAGCCGGAGCACCUAUCCGCGAGGGGGACACUGACACCUGACGGCUCCAUCUCUCGACACGCCGGUCUUCCCCAUCACGACCACCUCGGCUCUGCAGUGCAGGAACUGCUGCGUUUUAUGGAAGCAGAUCCUGUGCGUCCUGUCGUGAUCAUGUUGCCCCCAAAGAAUUGCCUGCCGAGGAACUACAGCUGCAUAGCCGGGCUCUUCGGAAGCCUGGCAGAGGCAAACCCUCGGCUUGAUGAUGGGGAAGAUUUUGAGAUGACCAACGGUAUUUGUGAAACCACCGAGAGCCCCGUGGUAGAAGAGAGACCCCGGGGCAGGGAGAUCUCCCUGAAGCCUCCACAGAGUCCAAAUCUGCGUCGGAGAUGCAAGUCUCUGCCAACACCUACAGAGAGAGCAAAGUUAGAGAUCUCCCGCAGCAGAAGUCCAACCAGUCAGAAGAAGGUCCGGUUCGCCGACUCCCUGGGUCUGGAGCUUAUUUCUGUGAAGCAUUUCAAUGAUACAGAUGAGCCAGAGGUGCCUGAGCGCAUAUUGGCCAAAUUACCCAAAGGCCAUCUCCACCUUAAUCAUUUGGACACAAAGUUCCCACGUACCCCUGCGCAGCCUGUGUUUAUGGAGUUGCAGUUCACCAACCCAGGCACCCUACCCGACUUUGAGCUGAAAGUGAGGGAGGUAAAAGUCUUGUUAGAGACCGUUGAGGCAGAUGAAUUUAACCUUUCAGGGUUUGUGCGCGUGUUGAAUCUGGCUUUCGAAAAGAGCGUCUCUUUGCGGUAUUCUCUAAACAACUGGAUAACAUUUAUGGACAGUCUGGCGUCCUAUGUUCCCGAAUCAAGCAACAGUGACACUGAUAAGUUCUGUUUCAAGAUCGUCAUGCCUACUUACCUCGACACCGGUGGCACAUUUCAGUUUGCAAUUAAAUACUGCGUCGGCGGGCAAGAGUUCUGGGACAAUAAUAAUGGGAACAACUACAAAGUGCGGCGUCACCGGCUCAAGAUGUCCCCACCGCGGGAAUGGGAGAAUGGAUGGAUUCAUUUUAUCUGAGCUGUGUCGUCUGCAGUAGCAUACCGUGUGCGUACAUUUGCGCGUAACUGAUCCUCGGGUACCUUAAGUAUGACUGUAGCUUGUUAAAGAUUUUUUUUUUUGUUUCAGCCAUUGCCAGCUACAUGCUGUGACACUGAAAAUGUCACCACAAUAAUUCAAAUAUUUGUCCCGCUGUGUUAACAGAUUGAGUGGCGAAGUCUACAGUAUGCGCCUUUGAUAGGUGCCUGGUGAGGGAUGUUCUGAGAUAAUUUGCCUUGAUGUCAGGGCUCCCUGUACAGCUUGGUGCCCUUUGAGAGGGCAUGUUCACGUUAUGUAAUUUAGAAACACGUGCCACGGAAAACGUGCCAGGCAAUGUCGACUCCAAACAACACUGGUUAUUUCAAGAGAUGCUGCAAAAUGAUUUGGCACGGAGAUGUUUAAAUUAUCAGUUUGUUUUGCAUGCAUGCAAAACUAUCGGCUUGAUGGGAGGCAGAAAGCAUCUGACCUUUGGCUGAUAUGGAUGUCAAGCAAACUUAUUGUAGCAUAUUUCUCUAGUAUUCUCCUGCAGGCUGGGAGAAACACACAAUGUUUUACUGAGUUGACAGACAGAAAGGUGUGGAAGGUUAUUUUAUUAAACAUUUCAAUGUAUAAUUCCCCACUGUCAUGCUGUAAUGCCUUAUUUUAAGCCAUGAUGUGGGAAGUUGUGCAUUGAAUAUUGUGCAUUAUGUUCUUCAUUAUGCUUGAAUAUACAAAAUGCAUUUGAUUACAUUUUAAAAUCAGGCCCAUUAGGCACUGGGAAUUAGUUAGUGUCCAUAUAUCUGUAGGUUUUCAAUUCAGGGACACCAUACUAAGUCAUUAGCAAACCAUAUUUGCACCUAUUGUAUAUUUCUUUUUGCCAAAUUCGAAAAUCAAAAACUUCCCAGAUUUUUUCCCAAAUUACAAAAGCAUCAUGAAUAUUCCAUCAAAUCAUAAAUGUUAUGAUGAUCUCAUUCUGUACUGUGAAAGGAAUGAACACCUUGAGGGUGGUUUUUGUACCACCAAGGACAAUACAUCUAGUAGCAAUGUUAAAUUUACCUCAGAAUACUUACAGACCUUCUUCUUCUUCUUCUUCUUCUUCUUCUUCUUCUUCUUCUUCUUCUUCUUCUUCUUCUUCUUCUUCUUCUUCUUCAGGUUGAUCCUUUUAAAACAGAUGUUAUUUUCACAGUAAUUAUUUUCUAACCUAUACAUUCUAACAGAAAAGUAUUAUUGCACAUUUGCAGAUUCAAAACACAAUAUGUAUUCAUUUCUAACGUUCUUGAUUGUACCAUGUAAAUCUGUUUUUCAUAGAGCAGUGUUGUCUAUGGACAAAGUAACUAUUGCACACUGUGUUUAACCGGCUGUAAAGGUCACCACUGUGCAAGAAUAGUGCUGCUCCUUACACCCCAAAUGGUUUGAACCACCUUACUGUCGGAUAUUUCCAUCCUUAGAUGGCAAACUGUUGUCCGAUUACUUCAUUUCCAAACCAUAAGCCUUGAUUGAUGUUUGACAACCGGUCUGCUCUCUCCAAAAAUCAUCCUUAACUUUCUUGCGGGUUCGUCUUCCAUACCUGCUCCUGACCAUUUGUGAUCAUGUACUUUGUGGCAAACGGGCUUGCAUGUCAUAUGCAAAUGAGUUGACUUACAAUGCAAAUAUUCAACAUGCUUCAUUUUAGGUGUAUGGGUUAGGGUUAGGGUUAGGGUUAGGGUAAGAGUUUACAUUAUCAAUGUUUUUAGGCCAUGUAGAACGUUGAGACUCCAGUUCAGAAAGUAGAGGAACAAAAGUCGAAAUGCUUUUAAUUCCAGUGCUCUGACUGUAAUCUGAACAUCACUCUGUCUGUCCUGUGUUUACAUCAUCAUGGCAUCAGAGGGAAGCUCUCCAUUUAAUGAGGCCAUCAGGUUGGGAUGUGGAUAAAGACUCUUCCUGUAACCACUUAGUUUUUUGGAGCAGUUCCACUGUCCAUCAGUAAUGUUUGUCUAUAAACCUGAUGGGAUGUUCAAUGCUAUACCUGAUGUUGUUAGAUUAGUUUUGCUGAAGGGGGAAAUGGCCAGCACUGAGUUAUAUUUGCUUUCUCUACUGUUAUCACAUAUACAGACCUGCAUUUUAUCACUUGUUCAUUUAAAUACACUGUGGAUAUAAAAGGUCUGGCCACGCCAGAGCUUACUGUUUGUUAUGUUUUUUUAAUCGGUGAGUAUUUGCAUAUUGUCUGCUUUGGCCUGUGUAAACUUUGUUCAAGCAUUCAUGCAGUGCAAUACCAGAAAGCAUUAAUUAUCGAGGCUGAUGGGGGAACUGAGAGAUGUAUCAAUACCAAUUAGUCACUGCCAACACAGAUGGUGUUUUUAAAAUUGGGUUUUAGUAAGUCCUGACAAGAUGCGCUCUGUUAAGGGAACAAUGUACAGUUUGAGAUCGCUUGACGUAAAUGACUCUCUGAAUAUGAUGCUUUCUUUAUUUUCCAUCACAUGUGAAUCUGUGGUUUCCAAAAGUGUGGACACCGUAAGAUACCAGUGCUCCGUUUUAUCUGCUGUUGUGAUUGGUGCAUCCCUACCAUAAAGAAAACGAAGGGCUUCUGGUUUGAGUAGCGUUUCACCUCAAUGUAUACAUAACAUUUCACAUCAGAACUCACUGAUAUAUACGUAGAUAUGUAUGUAAAUGUGUUAAUGUUUCAUAUUGAAUGUCUUCCUCUUACUGUUCUUCGUUGUGUGUAUUUUGAAACAUGUUAAAAGCAGAAUGGAGGGAUGUGAAUGGUAACUGAUGAUCCUGUGUAGUUGGAGAAUAACAUAUGAGCUCAAACUCAACAAAUUCCUAAAGCACACUUAAUAUUAGAUUUAAUCAUCAAACCUUUCUUCAAUAUCAUUUAAAAAUAAGGCUGCUUGUUAAAUUAUUAAUAAAACUAACUGUGAUCAUUUGUCUGAAAGUGAUUCGAUCAGUAAGAUAUUGCAGAAUUUCCCUGAAAUAUGUACCAAAAUGUGAGCAAUGAAAUGAAUACUUCGGAAACAUUAUGUGCACACCGAGACGUGUACCCUGCCUUACUAAAAUAUGAGUAUACUUAGAGAUAGGGAGCAAAGAUGGAAGAAUGCAGGUGCUUGUUUGUUAAGAAGAAAUGUGUGGAUUUUAGACAAUGACAAAGGGACAUAUCUGGGCAAGAAAGUUGCCCCAAAAUGCACAUUGGAGUUUGAUAACUUUUGGCAUGAACGACUUAUGAUUGUAGUUGGUACGGAGCAGACUCUGUCAAAGCAGGUCUAAUGCACUUUGAGUGAGAGUAAGGAAAGGGUCAGGGUUGAAAGUCACUGUAUAUUGUGAAUGAAAUAAUCUCCUGUGAAUAGCUACUAACCAAGACGUUUCCAUUCUUUGUCACGUUUUACGGCUCUUUUCUCUCACUGUGGAAAGCCUGAAUCACAUCUGUCUUAUUUAUAACCAUUGUAUGGCAUACCACUUAUUUCAGUGAUUUUCUUUGGUUUGGUGAAUCCUAUGCAACCCCUCCUGUUUUGUAACAUGUCAUCGGACUGUGUUAAUCUAUAUUGUGUGCUGUCUUUUAAUUUGUCUUUUGCAGUAAACCUUAACAUUAACCAUGUUUGCAUGUACAGCAGUAACAUACAUUUGUUUUUACGUUUAGUUUUUAAUUGUAACCUAUAUUUUGUUAAAAGCAAUGGUUAAUAAAGGCAUUUGUGAUGGAAACUGAA